UGCUAAUAAUGUCCACAUCAAAGAAUUUCUCGGAUAAAGUAGUGCUGAUCACCGGUUCGAGCGGUGGUAUCGGCGCCGUCACUGCUGUCGAGUUCGCCCGAUGUGGGGCUCAAGUGGUGAUCACCGGUCGUAAUGCCGACAACUUGUCCGAAGUGGCCAAACAAUGUGCGGCCGUUUCGCCCAAAGGUCUCAAACCUCUGGAAGUGUUGGCAGACGUGAGUAAAGACGUCGACUGUAAACGACUGAUUGACAGUACGAUCAGUGCAUUCAAACGGUUGGAUAUUUUGGUAAAUAACGCGGGCAGAGGUAUGCACUGUCCGAUCACUGAUACGGCUCUUCUCGACAAAUACCGGGAAGUGAUGGACACAAACCUCCGUUCAGUCAUAUAUUUAACACAUCUAUCGGUCGAACACUUGGAGAAAACUAAAGGCAAUAUAAUUAACAUAUCAAGUAUUGUGGCACUUAAACCGGUGUCCACAGCCUUUCUGUACUCUAUGUCAAAGUGUGCACUCGAUAUGUUCACCAAAUGUCUGGCACUAGAGUUGGGUCCAAAAGGCAUUCGCGUUAAUGUUAUCAAUCCGGGUGCCGUUAGAACUAAUUUCCUUCAAGCCGUGGGCUUAACAAAAGAGCAAUCAGAGGCCGCAUAUAGUGAAAGGGGUGUCCAAUACCCGGUCGGACGGGUCGGUGAGUCCAUAGACAUCGCGAACGCCAUACUCUUCUUGGCCUCAGACGAGGCCUCGUUUGUGACGGGCAUUCAGUUUGUGUCCGACGGCGGGGCUCUCAACGCGAAUACAUCAUAA